AGAAUUCUGGAGACUUGGAGAAAAAGAAAAGAACAAAGAAGAAAGAACCCUAAAAGAGGAAAACAGCGAUAGAAAAUCUCUCUCAAACUAACUAUGGCUUCGCUAAUGAAUGCGAUCAGGAGAGCCACCACCACUUCAACCCUCUUCACGAAAUUCAACUCUGUUAUUAACCACUGCCACCGCCACCACCCGAACAACAACCGCUUGGCCACGGUGGCCGCAGCUUGUUUGUCGAGUUCGAGGUUACCCCUGCGACGUCCGUUGAGCUCGACGACCAUGUACGAGGAGAACUGCACCAUCACCUCCCAGGGAGGAUCUUUCACCCGGAGCGACGAAUUCCCCAUUCGACGCGGCACCUGUGAUCAGUACAUGGAAAACCCGUUUCAAGUAUCCGGCCCAGGAGGAGCAUACGAGGUCAAAAAAUUGGAAGAAGGUCUGUUUGUUAGGAUGGAGAUGCCAGGGAUUGAGAAGGAAGACCUAAAGCUACGGGUGGAGUACGGUAAUGUGUUCGUAUCGGGAGAGGGUAGGAGGGAAUCGGAGCACGAGGACAGUGGGAGGAGUUACAGUGCCAACAUUGAGCUUUCGUCGAGUUCGUUCGAGCCAAGGAAUAUCACCGCAAGGUUGAAGAAUGGCGUUCUGAGGAUGCUCAUUCCCCUGGCCAAGAAUUUCGAAUCCGCGAGCGGAUCGAGCGAAAUCAAGUGUUCGUGAUUGUGACCGAUUACCCCAACAAAGAGACUCGUGUUCGAGUGGCCUUAACACGUACUAGAAGGCAAAAUAUCUCAUCUGGAAAGUGAAUUUUUUGGGGGGGUACAAUUUUUUGUAGCAAUACUGGUAUGUUUAUGUGGUACUACAAGAUAUUGCACUUCAUUUCAGAUUGCUUCAAAACUUAAUGCCAGAAGAAAACUUUAGUUCA